UCAGGAAGCACCACCGAGCGCGCAGCACAACCCAGUGACAACUUCAAUCCUUCAACUUCGCUUUUGCUGUAGUACUUCGGCUUAGCAAUAGGGAUGGAGACCACGAGCCAAGAACUUCUGAAACUAGAGAAAAAGGGUUUCUCUGCCUCAUCUAUAGAGUCCACACUGUCUAUCUGUAAAAAUAAGGAUUCACGCUCUCAAAGAAAGCGGCAGCACCUCAGUGGAAAGCCAUUAACAAGUUCAGUUCCUACGAGCCAAGUUCUUGGAAAAGUGAAAGAUUUUCUGGGAGUUUUAUCUGAAGCUAAUAACAAACUGCAGGUCGAUGCAAAGGACAAUCCUGAAAGCUAUGACAUUGAAGUUCUCGACGGGAACGAAUCAGAAAUAAUAGAAAUGGACUUGAUGCUGGGGAUCGCUGAUCUUCACACCCCUGAAGCAGUAGCAGCUGCAGAAUCUGCAGCCGCGAGUUGUUAUCCUCCGAUUCCAUUAGCUUCUAGCACUGGCGAAACAGAUUCAGAAGAUACCACCGACGAUGACGACAACAAAAAUGACAAUGAGAAUAGUGAUGACGAUCACGGUAUUUGCCAAGCGGGAGUUCCCACAAAGCACCCGAGGUCCGAGUCUGGUGAAGACGAUCCGUGUGGAGGGAUCGGAAACAAACAGUUGAAAAAGAAACCGAAAAAGCGUACCAAGAUUAUCGAGUUAUGAUGAUUUGUGUUUCGUUUUGCUGACUUCCUACAUAGUAACGAGAGAAAUGCACAGGUAGGAAGUUCUUGACAGGAUGCGUCGUCUAGCGACAACAGACUUACAAUAUGAAUGUUUCAAAUAGGGAUUUAUUCCGGUAAUCGUAUGAAAGAUACGAGUUUAUUUAGAA